AUGGUCUCAGCAUCAACAGGCCGUCAAGCCUCAGAGCCCAUCAGCAUAGAUCACGACGUUCGUGACCAUUCCGACGGCCCCGAGUUCUCGACUCCAGACAGCUCUAUUUCAGGAUGCUAUUUCAGUUUUCCCAACUUCGACAACUGGGGAAGCACCGUGCGGGAGGAAGACAAGGAGCCUUGA